AUGCGAGGUUCAGUACCCUCGCCUCGAGUCGUCUGGCUUCUCAGCCCGACUCCAUUACAGCGGCAAGCUCCGCAUGCGAGGUUCAGUACCCUCGCCUCGAGUUGCCUGGCUCCUCAGCCUGACUCCAUUAUAGCGGCAAGCUCCGCAUGCGAGGUUAAGUACCCUCGCCUCGAGUCGUCUGGCUUCUCAGCCCGACUCCAUUACAGCGGCAAGCUCCGCAUGCGAGGUUCAGUACCCUCGCCUCGAGUUGCCUGGCUCCUCAGCCUGACUCCAUUAUAG